AUGAGGGCAAAUAUGCUAAGAGUGUCUUCGUCUGUCGUUCGCGGUUUGGAAGCCCAUCCUUCGGUCGGUCGGCUCGCGACGCCAACAAAACGCGCGAUCUCCUCAACCAGCACAUUGUCCGCCACUGCACUCCCAAUCACUGCAACCGGACCACCCCCCAGUGCUCCCGUUCCUACGUCUCCCCAAUAUGGCGACCGGAUCCAAGAACGAAGACGGAAAGCCGAGCUGCUCAAGCAAGGAAAAGAACUUCGGGCCGCGAGCCAGCCGGGCGGGAAGACAAGCCCUUUGAGGAAAAGGUUUUGGAAAGAUGUUCAUGUCAAAGAAAUCCCACAAGGGUAUCAAGUGUAUUUGGACCAGAGACCCGUGCGGACUCCCAGCAAAUCAAUCCUCACAGUCCCGCGCUCCAAGCCGCACCUGGCCCAUGCCAUCGCCAUUGAAUGGGAUCUGCUCGAAUCGGCGCAGCAGGCAUUGAAAAACCACAACAUCCCUAUGACCUCAAUAUCGGCUCGAGCGCAGGAUAUUAUCGAGACAGAGGCGCGGGGUGAUGGCAAGAUCCGAAAAGACAUCAUUACAGUCAUGAUGCGUUACCUAGACACGGACACAUUACUGUGUUGGGCACCAGCGAACACUUCGGCAUCGCAGUUGGAAAUGCAAACCGAACGGACAGAAUCACUACGUGAGGUUCAGAUUCGGACAGCCAAACCCAUAAUCAGUUAUCUAAGCACGUCCGUGUGGCCUGGUGUUGACAUCAAACCCGUACUGGAUGAAAACAGCAUCAUGCCUACGCAGCAGGAUGAAACGACGAGAAGCGUGAUCCGUGGGUGGAUUGCUGGCCUUCCUGCAUAUGAGCUUGCAGCUCUUGAGCGUGCAGUAUUGGCUACGAAGAGUCUACUUGUUGGUACAAGACUGUUGAUUGAGUGGAGUGAGGAGUUCCGGGAUAUGCAAGAAAGUGGGAGUCAGAAGCGAUUUGGCAUUGAGGAGGCGGCCGAGGCCUCGAGCCUCGAGGUAAGAUGGCAGACCAGGAUGUGGGGGGAAGUCGAAGAUACCCACGACGUGGAUAACGAGGAUAUCAGACGCCAGCUAGGAAGUGCCAUUCUGCUUGUGAGUGGAAGCCGAUAG